UAUCCCAGCAUGCUUUGCAGUCGAUGCGGAGGAAAAUGAAAUCGGCCAUGUCGUGGUAGUCAGCAGUAACUUUUUUUCAGGGAACCGCGCUGACAACAGGAAGAAGGUUAUAGCGAGUAUUUUCGAGGAGAGGACACACGCAGGGAGUUUGUGCACCCAAACGAGGUGUUCUGAGACAGAAAUUAACGUGAAAGAGGAGCUGAAAGGCGGUAAAGAGGACGCCAUGAGUGGCGGGACGCCUUAUAUCGGCAGCAAAAUCAGCCUGAUCUCCAAGGCCCAGAUCCGCUAUGAGGGGAUAUUAUACACCAUCGACACCGAAAACUCCACCGUCGCGCUCGCUAAAGUGAAGUCUUUCGGCACCGAAGACCGUCCUACAGACAGACCAGUGGCUCCGCGGGAUGAUGUCUUCGAAUACAUCAUCUUUAGAGGAAGUGACAUCAAAGAUCUGACCGUUUGCGAGCCACCGAAGCCCAACUGCUCUCUGCCCCAAGACCCGGCCAUCGUACAGUCAUCUCUAGUCUCCGCUCCGGCGCCGUCCUUCCAGCCCGUGGGUUCUUACGCGUCCUUCAGCCGACCCCCUGCGCGCGCCUACAGCCAGUUCUCGGCUCCCCCCGUGCCCCAGCCCAUUGGCGCUCCUGUCACUGCAGGCGAUUCAGGGUCCGUGUUCGGUAGUGAGACAAAUGUAGCCGCCCCUCUGUCCCAGAGCACUGUCCCCUCUGACUCUCUGAGCUCAUGUGUAACUGAAGGUCGCGCCAGCCCGUCUCUGGAUGUCCCGCGGAAGAGCCCGAGCCUGGAACACGCGGCGCAGCCUGCUCCUCUAGCUCCGCCUGCUGGUUCUGUGAGUCAGAAGAGUCCUGGAGGGGGAAGACCUCCUCCCAACUUGCAGAAACAGCCUGCUGAGAGCCAGGAGCAAAGCAGGGCUGCUGAUAUAGAGAAGGCCACUCGUGCAGAAACAGACUUGAACAAGAUGGAGAACCGGGAAGCUAGCAAACGCCCGCAAGGCGGAACAGGUGCCUCUGCAGUGAGAAGAGGAAGAGGAGGAAGUGGUGGCGGAGGCGGUGGAGGUGGUGGUGGUGGUGGUGGAAAUCAGCGCGGCCGGGGCCGGUAUAACAUGCGCAGAGACGGACCAAUGAAGUUCGAGAAGGACUUUGACUUUGAGAGCGCCAACGCCCAGUUCAACAAGGAGGAGAUCGACCGCGAGUUCCAGAGCAAGCUCAAAAUCAAAGAUGAGAAGGCGGUGAACGGGGAAGACAAGGGCGACUCGGGCGUGGAGACGCAAAACAGCGAGGGCAACGUGGACGAGGAGGACCCACUGGGACCCAAAUGCUACUACGACAAGUCCAAGUCCUUCUUCGACAACAUCUCCUGUGACGACUCCAGAAGAGAGAAACCUGGAGGGGGCAGAGAGCGGAGGCAGACCUGGGCUGAGGAAAGGAGGAUGAACGCCGAGACGUUCGGCCUCCCGUUGCGCCGAGGCCGUGGGGGUUUCCGGGGCAGAGGGGGCCCUAUGGGUUUCCGUGGCGGUCGCGGGCGUUCAUCCGGACGUGGCUUUUUUGCCCCGCCCCGCGGUGGACCCGGAUUCAGAGGGGGGUUCCGCUCAGGACGGGGAGGACGAGGAGACUUCUCUGAAUUUGAGUACCGGAAGGACAACAAGGUGUCGGCGUAGUUCAGAAGAGGAUCGACUGCAGCGUGUCCUACAGGCUGGAGUUCUCCUCCCCUCCUCUCUCCCUCCUCCCCUAUAGACACUCUGUCCGUCUGUCCUAAAUCUACAUCCAGUGGGGGUCGGCCUACCCCAGCUGGACUCGUUCCUCCUUUCUGCUUCCCUCCUCUUUUUUCUUUUUUUUUUUCUUUUUUUUUUUUAUUUGUUUGUUUUUUUUUUAGAAAAGAAAAGAAAACAAAAAAAGUAAAUCUUCAGAUCUUUCUUUGAUACAGACACGGAGGGGGGAAAAAAAAGCGUGAGACUUUAGUGAAAUUACUUUUCAGUAUUUUUGCAUCAGCGUUUUAGUUCCUUUCUUACGGAAGAAUAAUAAUAAUAAUAAUGGGGAUUGAAAUGCAUUUGGUGAUAUUCCUCUUCGGUGUACACACACGCACAUGUACGCGCGCACACGUGCGCACGCCGGCGCCCGCUGAUACUGUGAGCUCCCAUCAGUUAUAAUAGCUUUUUAUUUUUUCCUUUCGGUUCCCGUCUUAUAGAAGCACCAAAUCCGUCUGUGUGUCCUGUGUGGUCACGAUGGAGAGCGUCACCCUCACAGCCUGAACCACUUCUCGGUUAGACACGUGACUCCACUGCGAGUAGCUACAGCAUGUUCUCUUUCUCUGUUGCGUUCCUCCUAGUCCCCCCCCCCCCCCCCCCCCCCUCCUGACGAUUCGUCCCCCUAUUUCUCCACCCGAAUGGUCUGAUCCGGCCGUUUCCUAAAUUCUCAUCAACUCCGAUCUCAAAUGUUGGCUAAUGAAUAAGAAAGGACAACUGUAUGUUGAAUGUAAUAAUGCUGGUGUGAAGUUAGCGAGCACUCAAUGGGAUUUUAGAAAUAUUAUUAUAUAUAUAUAUUUUUUUUCUGGUUUAAGGAAUUAUUCCUGUAUGUCUUUUCGGUGCCAUUGUAGACAGGAAGUGUUCCCUGCUGGAAGAGACUGCUUGCUUUCUUUCUUUCUUUCUUUCUUUUGGGUGGAAAAAGAAAUCACACACUCGCUUAGAAUUGAUUAAAGUUGAGAUCCGCGCGCCAGUGGGUAUCGCCUUUCACCGAUUACGCAGAUGUCUUUUUUGUCAGGCUCUUUGAUACGCCGACGUGUUUCAAUUCUGUUACAUUUGCCGCACAACUAAGCGCGUUGUCUGUCGAGUUCUUCAGGGAUUGUCCAGCGCACUCUUUAACAGUACGAUCAGAUCCCCUCAAAGAAAACAAAAUCAUUUGCACUUUAGAGACGAAUAACGCCAUGAUACACAAACUGGGUUUUUGUUUGUUUGUUUCUGCGCCAUGUUCUCUUUACUUUGGCUUUAAAUAUGAGUAGCUCUGUGUUUUGUUUUUUUUGUUUUGUUUUGUUUUUUUUUCUUUAAAGUCUUAUUAAACUUCGAAUCCGAGAGAGAGGGGGGAUGUAUGAAGUGAAGAACAACGUGUUAUCGUGAAUCUAGCUCUUGUGUAAUGAGGUUUGAAUUCUGUUUGAGAACCUGGUAGCGUUACAACCAAUCCAGGUCAUGAGUUUAGAGACUGGCCCGACGCUCUGGUGCACCGCCGCUCUGGUCUCAUCUUAAAAUAAAAUUUAAAAAAAAUCAACUUUUUAGGGUCUAUAAAAAGGUUUCUGCUUGGAGUGGGGAUUCAGAUUGUUUGAAAUCAAAUCAGGACGUUUUGGCGAAGCUUUUGAAGCGUCCCCAAGCUCAUGCGCGAAUGAUCCCCCCCCCCCCCCCCCCCCCCCUUUUUAAAGAAAAAUAAAUAAAUAAAUAAAUAAAUAAAGAGAAGUGCUGAGCAAGCCCGUCAGACCAUGACAUUACCACUAACUCUUCACUUUUUUCAGCUUGAGGUUCAACACAAUAUAAUGAUAUACAUUGCACUAAGAUAAAAAUGCCUGAUGUGUGUGUGUAUACACACACACACACACACACACGAAAAAAUGUGACAGUUUGAUGGUGAACCUGGUCGCUGGCUUGAAUUAUACAACAAAAUCGUUUACUUUUAAUAUCUGUUACAUCGCAAGCUGUGUAAUUUAAGGCUGCAGUAUUUUCUCCAAAGCAGUACCAUUAAGCUGGAGAAGUGGAAUAGCAGAAGGGAUAGCGGUGAUGUCAUGGUCACAUGGCGGUGUGAUUAGCCGAUCGGAUGAUCUCGUGCUUUUCGGAUGCGUCAGUGACGAACUGUGUGUGUGUGUGUGUGUGUGCGGAGGGUUGAUUGUGUAGGACCGCUGAUCCAGGGUCUGUGUUGAGUUUAAUUCAGGAUUCCUCCGCUGUGCUCAUGGACGAAUUCCAGCUCUUGAGAUGCUUUAUCGCGUGGUAUUUAAUUCGUCUUUUUUUUUUUUCCCCUCCCCCUGAAUGUCAACGGAGCACUUCUCCGCUUCUCUACCAGCAUUUGGGAGUUUGUAUGCAUUCUACGUUUUUUUUUUUUUUGUUGUUGUUGUUGUUUCGUUCGUUUCUUCUUUUCCUGCUCGUGCAAGGUUUAUGAUGAAAGACUCGUUCGUGCUUCGUUCUUUCGUCUCGUAUCAAUAAGACUCGGUAAGGUUCGUGUUCUUGUCGUGGCUUGAGGUUACCUUUGUGGCUCUUGUGUACUUCCUGUAGGCGCUACGCGAUGAACCUUAGCUACAUGUGGCUUAUUAUUAUUAUAAUAUUGGUCUAUUGGUAGGCAGCUAGUAUAAAGCCCUGCAGUUCAGGAUGAGCCGUCUGAUUGGACGAUUUGGUCGUGGCUUGGAGGAUGGCAUGAAGGGAAAUGCCUUAAUGAGCCAGAGAAGUUGUGUGUCGUAAGUAUUUGGGUUGUACCGAGCGCUCUCUUGCUCGUGUAGUGCAGUGCUGAGGACGUGUAAAUCCUCUGGUGUGUCAAAUUUGGGAUUUUGCCCUAGCAAGAGAGAGAGAGUGUGUGUGUGUGUGUGUGUGUGUGUGUGUGUGAGAGAGAGAGAGAGAGAGAGAGAAGUGAGCGAGUCCUGGACUGAUGCAAUAAUCACAUUAACGCCACACACUGCCCCGGUCCUCCUCCUCCUGCUCAUAUGAGAUGUCAGACUGUACAUACAGAGUUUCAUUUUGUAAAGGUGAAACAGGAUUCUUUUCUCUCUUCUAAAAGAAUUUGAUUGGCUAACGUGGUUUUUUUUUCUUUUUUUUUUGGUUUUGUUUGUAUUUCCUGAAUAAAGCAAUUGUACAGCAUGGUGUACUUUCAGUGACCAGCUUGAGGUUUUUAUUCAGAAAUGAGAAAUAAAUAGUUGUUCAAAA